CUGAAAUCCACACCAGCAUACAAAACUGAAACAGAGGAGGAUGGAUUAAACGCAGUACAGGAGAGAAUCAUUAGCGAUGAAUACUUUGUACAGUGGUUUUCCUCACUGCUUUAUGAGAAGUUUUGGUAUCUGGAAUGAGGUUAAAUGAACAAACAGGACUGAUGAUGCAGGCUCCGGUGGAAGAUAGUGCUUUUUUUCUGCGCUGUCUGCUCUCUCCUCUCAGACUGCUCUCUGCAGCCAUGUGGCACCUAAUACAGCAGGAAGCAGUAAUCCACUACGGCAUGCUGGAGGAGUUUGUGUCCCUCAUCACAGACACUGUCCCUGAUCUGCUGAGCUACAGACAGAAGGCUCAGCUCACCAUGGGUCUCAGAGCAAGGCUUGUUCUGGAGUUAUGUGGCAUGGAGACUCCGGCUGAUCCAGAUACAGUUCAGGCGCAUUUACAGCGGAUCGAGACCCUUGUUGCACUUCACAAGGAGCUGGAGUCAGGUGAUGCAUAUGUGGAAGAAUCUGGAGCAAACUUUGUGGCUCUGGUGCAGAUUUUAAUGAAGGACCCAGCUGAGAGAAGCAUCUUCUUUAAGGAUGUAUAUCCCUCGCAGUAUGGUGUGAAGUUCAACACAGCAUUACAGAAGCUGAUGUGGCUGUUCCUGUCUAGACUGGAAAAUGCUAUCCCACAGCCUACUAUGGAGGAGGCUGCCCAUGUGCUCAGUACUGCACCUACAGUCAUGGAGGAAUGUGUUCAGUCUCUCUUGCAACCUCAACAAAUAAGAAACGUUCUUAAAUACCAAAGAGAAGCCAAUGUAGAAACGAAAGAAACUACACAGUUAUGGUCCACUGCUCCUGAUGAUUGCAUACUCUCCUGUCUUGGCAGUCCUCGAUUAGUACAAAUUCUUCUCGGAGAACAGACGCCUCUAGACUCCCAGCCAGAGUCGAUGCUUGACUACGUCCCUUCAUAUUGCCAAGAGGUCCAGGUUGAAUCAGUGGUUAUUACCCAGUACAUUCAGAAUGAACCGGAGAUAAGCAUAUCUGAGGAAAAUGACGAUAGCAUACAAUACGAUGCACAAGAAUGUGAUCCAGUAGAUACAAAAAAUCCCAAGGAAGUUGCUUAUGAAGUGCUUGAAUCGCUGGACUUGCACACUGUGGACAUUGAUUUGGAUGAAAAAGCUGAAAAGCAAGAUCCUGUCGAACUCGGUGUUGUGGAUAUGGAAGCUGCUGAUGCCAGAGAUGAAUCCCUAACUCUUCAAGGAGAUAAGGCAAUGGUGAAGAAUCAGAAGGAAGCGAUAGAGUUGGUUAGCUUGUACACAAUCAAACAGCCUUUUGUCAAACUAGAGAGGCUUGAUCUUUCUGGUAGACAAUUUUCUAAUAUUUUUGACCCUGGACCACCAAAACGAGGCCGGCCAAAGAAGGCUCCUCAAAAUAAAACAUUGUGCAGGAAGAAGCAGGAAAAGAAAAAAGUUACCGUUCCAUCGGCAUCAAUGAACAAGCCUGCAGGACUUGGAAAAGGCAUCUCCAGCAUUGUUCCAAAGUUAAAGAAGACAUAUACAGUAGUGAAAGGGGAAUCGGGGGAAUAUGCCUGCUCUCUCUGCUCCUUCCAGGAUAGUGAGGAGUUCCAGCUGCAUCACCACCUCAUUGUUCAUCAUCCAGAAGAAUACAAGCGACUUUAUGUGACUGAAGAAGUAAAGGACUCUCAGGACGUUGUGAGCACACCCCAUGAAUCCGAAAACCAAAAUAGCCCUGUCGGUAAGGUUCAGUCCUACAGAGGAGUACCGGUCUGUAAAACAUGCCCCACUUGCGGCAAGAUGUUCACUCGCAGCUCAGAUAUGAGAAGACAUCAGGUGUCUCAUACAGUGGAUCGUCCUUUCGUAUGCCAGAAUUGCGGUAAGACCUUCAGGUACACCUUUGAUUUGAGGAGACAUCAGCAGCGCGUGUGCGUGCAUAAAGGUUAUGUGGUAGUGUACCGGAGAAGGGGUGAAGUCACAGAGGAUGGAAGUGUAGAAAUCAAGCUGGAUGAUUCAGGAGCUGUGUGUCGGGAUCUCCACAGCUCUGAGAAAGCAGAAUGUUUAAGUUCAAACUCAGUCAUAAAUGCUGGCUCUGGAAUUCAGCCCAACUCCCUGAUGUCCACAGAGAAGCUUGCUGCGAGUGAUGUAUCGGAGCCCACACGUGGUUCAAGCUCAGUCCCGGUCAACUCACACUCAAGACGGCACUCGAGAUCCACUUCACCUAACCAUCCUCAUAAGUGCUCUCAGUGCGGCGAAGGCUUCAAGUACUCCUACAAUCUCAAAAAACACGAGGAUGUUUGUGAAGGGAAGAGUCGGCGCACUGGUUCAGCACAGUGUCUUUCCAAAGCGCAAGAGUCUGACACAUCUCAGCCUGGGACUGGUGUCUCUCCAGAUCCUUCACUUCAAGAAACCUUCUGUAUGGAUGCGCAAGAACAACAGGGGAGUGCUGCUCAAUCCACAAGGACAGAUUCGCUUCUGACCAGCAGUCACUGUGAGAAGAGAUAUAAAGACGCUUGUACGCUAAUAAAACACGAGCAGAUUUGUGCGAGCAGUGAGCGAUGCUUCAAGUGCGUGAAAUGCGAUGCCUUGUUCAAGACAGUGCUUGACGUCCAGAAACACGUUCACGUUCACUGGGAUGAGGACCCGCUGCAGUGUUCUCACUGUGGUAAGUGCUGUCCGAGUCAAAGUGAACUAGCGAGGCACAAGUUGGCGCAUGAGAAGGAGAGCAAGCUUCCCUGCACUUUGUGCUCUGAGACUCUCGAGCGGCUUGACCUGCUGAGGGAGCACUACCUCAAUGUCCAUGACUUCAAAGGACCCUACCAGUGUUCCAAGUGUGCGAAAACUCACGUAGACCUCAAGGCGAUAGUUAAACACAUGAAGACGCAUAACGAGGAGCGGCCUUACAAGUGUUCUCGUUGCUCGAAAUGCUUCAAGCAGCGCAGUGCACUCACUGUACAUGCAAAGAUUCAUUCCGGGUACAAGCCUUUCCUCUGUGAGGAGUGUGGGAAGUGCUUCAGCAGCAACAUCAGCCUGCAGAGGCACUCGGUGUCCCACAAAACGGAACGACCGUACACUUGCCCUCAGUGCAACAAUGGAUUUAAAACGCAUUACGCUCUCAAUAGCCAUUUGGUGACGCAUACGACAGGAGCAAGCAUUCCCUGCGAGUUCUGCGGGAAGCUGUUCUUCCGAGCGUCCGCGCUGCACAGACACCACCGGACCCACACGGGAGAGAGGCCGUACAGCUGCCCUAAAUGCGCCAAGACGUUCCUGACCAAGGGCGAGGUCGCGAAACACCUGCGCUAUCAUACGGGAGAGCGACCCUUCCGGUGCACACAGUGCUCGAAGAGCUUCACACAGGCGUGUUACCUGAGCGUCCACAUGCGAAUACACACAGGAGAGCGGCCUUACACAUGCCGCAUUUGUAAAAAAGCCUUUGUUUGCAAUACGCACUUAAAAAGACACGUGCUCGUCCACACACAGGAAAGGCCAUUCAAAUGCGACUGCGGAAAUGCUUUUAAUCAGGCAUAUUCUCUAAAGGUGCAUCAGAGAGAUCAGUGUCCCUUACAAAAGAAGCAGAUUUAAUUAACCAUCUCGGUUUCUGAUUCUUCCUUCACACAUCCACUAAGACCUUUUAAAGACCUACAGCCAUAUAUUACACAUUUCGGGUUGUUGCCCGGUUUUCUUUUUCUCGUUUAUCGCAUAUGAGAAUACGUAUUUUAUUGUAGGUGCUACAAGGACUCAGAGAAACUUAUAUGAUGAUAUAAUAUAAGAAGUUUCCUUUUUAGGUUUUCUUCUUGUAAAACACUGACCAUGUAAAGAUAAUGAUUUAUAACUUGAAAUUGAGUUUUGAAUUCUGAAAUGCUGUCCAUGAACACAAAGUUUACUUUUCAGUGUUAAGGGGGCUAACAUGCCUCCAACAUCACCUUUUAAGUUUAUAGCAAAAAUAACCCUUUGGUUAUUUUUUGUUUUGUUUUGGGGUUUUUUCCCAAAAGUAUGAGAUGCUUCAGUACAUCUACUGUCAGGACUGUAUUGCUAUUUCAUAAAGCUUGAAAAAUAUGGAUGAUUUACAAGUUGUUUUGAAUGACAAAUAAAACCUAUAUUUGCUCUA